AUGGCUGGAAAUCCCAGGCAAUGCAAUGAUAAGUUUAAGCAAAAAGUAGACAUCAAUCAUGACAACAAGAUUUUCACAGAAGAUGAGAUCAAAAGAAUGACUAGAAAUUAUAGCACUGCCAUCGGGAAAGGUGGUUUCGGAGAAGUCUACAGAGGGCUCUUAGAUGACAACGAUGAGUUAGUUGCAGUGAAGAGAUAUAUCCGUAGCAAUUUGACAAAAGAGUUUAUGGAAGAAGUGAGUAUCCAUAGUCAAAUGAAGCACAAGAACGUAGUAAAGCUCAUAGGCUACUGUAUUGGGGAAACUACACUAACAAUGGUAUCUGAGUACAUUCCCAGAGGAAACCUUGAGGACAUCCUUCACAGAAUUGGAUAUUCUUUCACUUUGGACACAAUAUUGGGCAUUGCUAUAGGGUGUGCAGAAGCUUUGAGCUAUAUGCAUUCCAUGCAUUUAUCAAGUGAUAACCUUGUUUGUCAUGGUGAUAUUAAGCCUGCCAACAUACUUUUAGAUGCCAAUCUUAGAGCAAAAGUAUCAGAUUUCGGACUGUCAAGGCUUCUUUCAGGUGGCAUCACUAAAUACACUAGUCUUGUGAAAGGCAGUUUGGAUUACAUGGAUCCUAUAUAUAUGCAAAGUGGGCGUCUUACCCCAAGGAGCGAUGUCUAUAGUUUUGGAAUAGUUCUCCUUGAACUUAUAGCUAGGAAAAGGGUAAGAGAUGGUAGUUUUAGCCUUAUUGAGACUUUUACAAGACAAGAUUGUACCAAAUGGAGUAAGUUGAGGGAGCUAGUUGACAUAGAGAUAGCAAAUGUGGGCAACAUGGCGGUUCUUAUUGAAAUAGGAAAAUUGGCAAUGGACUGCCUGACAUUGGAGAUUGACAAACGUCCUAAAAUCAAUGAUGUGGCAAUACGACUUAAGGCCCUUUGGAAUGUUCUGAGAAGAGGGCAAGACAUAGGCUGGUUUAAUAAGUCUUUUGGCACUUUCAGGAGGAGUUCUCGCAAUUCUGCGAUGCUAGAAAGACUCAGCAAUGUGAGAAUGUUUACGAUGGACGAGCUCACGAAAUUGACACAGAACUGGUCAUUCAGAUUUCAAAUUUAUCCAAAUACUGUCUACAAAGGUACACUUGAGGACAAUACAGCUGUGGCGGUGUACUGGCCGAAACUUGGAAAGUUGAAAAGCGAGGUUGUCAUCAACUCAUGGAUGCAAGUGUCACACGUUGCCCACGAGAAUAUCAUGGUUUUUUUAGGUUGUUGCUUGGAAGCUGAUACUCCAAUCUUUGUAUAUGAGUGCCCUGGUAAAUGUAGCCUCUAUGACAUCCUGAACGGCGAGGAAGAUUUCCCACUAUAUCUGCGUGUGAAGAUUGCUGUUCAGACUGCAGAAGCAUUAGAAUACCUCCAUUCAUCAGGAAUAGGCAUUACCGCACAUGAUUCUGUUCAACCAUGCAAUUUGCUUGUAGAUGCUAAUUUCACUCCAAAGUUCACAAGUUUUUCAUGGGUACGGAAGCUUGCCAAGCAAACGGGACUACCUGUUAACGACAGACAAAUUGAUUGUGGUGUAUUGGUCUUGUCAAGAGCCCAGAAAGAUGUGUAUGACUUUGGCAUUCUUCUCUUAUCACUCAUUUCGAGAAAGAAGAUGUAUGAUGAGAAGAAUCUUGACAUUGUCAACGAGUUCACCAAAGCUUAUGACGUAGAUCAUAGUGGGAAUGCAAUGUUUGAUAAGGAUAUAAUAACAGUUCAAGGGAAUAACACUGUCCUUGAAGGCAUCGGAAGGUUGGCACCUAAGGUUUUUUAA